AUGGUUGAUUGCAACCGAAUUACAGUAGUAGAAUUGGGGGGUCGUCCUUUAGGUGAUAUUACUGGAAGGGGAAUAGAUUCUAACGAACCUAUUGAUGGUGGUAUGCCGGGUUCUGGUAGUAUGCUUAGUUCUAAUCCUAGGUCUUCCAUAAGUUUAGGUGAGUUGACCUAUCUUCGUCGUCAUUAUGAGAUCCCUGAUACCAUCAGUCUGCAUGCUCCUGCUAAGGCGGAGCGGCCUGACUGGCACUUACCUGGUUGGGUGUGUCUGUAUGAACUUCCCUUCAAAGAAGGGCUUCGGUUUCCUAUCCCCCGUUUAGUCGUUGAGUUGUGUGAGUACCACGAGAUUUCGCCCGGACAACUAAUGCCAAAUUCAUGGCGGAUUUUGAUGUCUCUCGAAGUCCUUUGUGAAAGGCACAAGAUAACACUUGGGGUGGCUGACUUGUUGAGAGCUUACUACUUGAAGGCACACCUUAAUGACAAAGGUAGGUACCAGUUAACAACUAGGGGGAAGGACCCUCCUUUAAUUAUUAGUUUGAAGAGUGGAGAUAAGAGGUGGAAGGACCGUUACUUCUUCGUCCCUUUCGUCUCGUUGGGGUUACCUGCUGAUAGUAGGAUACCUUGUUCAUGGUCUCCUGCAUGUAGGCUUCGAGUUGAGUACCUUUGGGAUUCGAGGGAGUCUUCUGGUCGACUUAAGAGUAUUCUUGCUAUUCCUGAGGCGGAGCGUGAGUGGAGUGAUUUGUUGUCUGAAUCGAGUCUUCGUCAGAGUUCUUUGUGGCGCUCUGUUGAAAAACUCCCUGAAGACGUAGCUAUGUCCCGACCCUUUACACUUCCUCUAACCGGUUCCAAUGCCUUGGAACGUUUGCGUCAAGCAAAGAAAUCGUCCGUUGGGAGCUCAGAAGCUGAUAGAGAGGUUGUCGUGUGA